AUGGACCAAGCUUUUGUCUUCUCUCUCUCUUUCUCUCUCUCUCUCUCUCUCGCUUUUUCAAUUUCUGUCCCUAUCUCCUCCCUUUCCAUUCUUGAUUUUUUUUCUCCUCCCCUUUUCAAACCAUAUUUUGAUCCUUUCUCUUCGUCACUCGCUGGCAAUCCGAUACACUCACCCCCGCCCACUUCCAAUUCACUUCAUUAUCCACAUGAUGAUCUUGCUGUCACAAUUCAUUCCUCCAUAGAUCUGGGCCCCCAACUUGUGACAGUUCGAAAACGGCCGGCGCCGAAUUGUCUGCCCACGUUUCUCUCUCGGGCCUUCUUGCUCUCUCUGCCCCAUCUCCUUUUCUUUCUCUCUCUCUCUCUCUCUCUGUCUCUCUCUCUCUCUCGCACUCCCCUUUUCUCACUCUUUUUCCACACUACCUACUCAUCGAUCUCCUACUCUCUCUUUUUCCUUUUUCUCCUCCUCUCUCUCCCCAUAUUUUCCCUCUGUCUCUCACAACCAAUCACCGUACCCAUCGCCCACUUUCACAUUCCCUUUCUUUUUCCACUCCUUCCAUCGCUUUCUUAUCACUCUCACCUCUCUCUUUCUAGAUAUCUCUGCUCUCUCCUUCUCUCUCUUUCUAUCUCUCGCGCACACCCUCUUUUUAUCUCUUUCAAUCUCUCUCAUUUUCUCUUUCACUCUUUAUCCUGUUCUCUUGUUCUCACUCUCCAACUCUCUCUUCAUUUAUCGCUUACCCCUCUCUAUCAUAUUUAUCUCCUCUCUCUAGCGCUUCCUAACUCUCCAACUAACUCUCCCAUAAUUACCUUUCUCCCUCCAUCGUCUCCACUUUUCUCUCCUCCUCUCUCACUCUCCUGCCUCUCUCACUCUCUCUCUGUCAUACACACGCCUCCUCAGGUAGGUGGCUCGCUGUCACCUCCUGUCUCUAUCUAUCUAUCUAUCUAUCUAUCUAUCUAUCUAUCUAUCUAUCUAUCUAUCUAUCUAUCUACGUCUGUUCGUUAUCUAUCUAACUAUCUAUCUAUCUAUUUAUGUCUGUUCGUUAUCUAUCUAUCUAUCUAUCUAUCUAUCUAUCUAUCUAUGUCUGUUCGUUAUCUAUCUAUCUAUCUAUCUAUCUAUCUAUCUAUCUAUCUAUCUACGUCUGUUCGUUAUCUAUCUAUCUAUCUAUCUAUCUAUCUAUUUAUGUCUGUUCGUUAUCUAUCUAUCUAUCUAUCGCAUUCUACUCAUUAUUUAACUAUCUCAAUCUGUUCAUUUUCUCUCUAUCUAUCUAUCUAUCUAUCUAUCUAUCUAUGUUUCGCAUCAGGUAGGUGGCUCGCUGUCACCUCCUGUCUCUAUCUAUCUAUCUAUCUAUCUAUCUAUCUAUCUAUCUAUCUAUCUAUCUAUCUACGUCUAUCUAUCGUCUAUUCAUUAUCUAUCUAUCUAUCUAUCUAUCUAUCUCUAUCGCAUUCUACUCAUUAUUUAACUAUCUACCUAUCUCAAUCUAUCUAUCUAUCUAUCUAUCUAUCUAUCUAUCUAUGUUUUUGUCUUUUCCUCACACUUUUCUCAUCAGGUAGGUGGCUCAUGUCACCUCCUGUCUCUAUCUAUCUAUCUAUCUAUCUAUCUAUCUAUCUAUCUAUCUACGUCUGUUCGUUAUCUAUCUAUCUAUCUAUCUAUCUAUCUAUCUAUCUAUCUAUCUAUCUAUCGCAUUCUACUCAUUAUUUAACUAUCUACCUAUCUCAAUCUAUCUAUCUAUCUAUCUAUCUAUCUAUCUAUCUAUCUAUUUUGUCUUUUUCCUCACACUUUUGUUUGAGUUAA